AUGAAGAGAGAUAGCCGUGAUAACUCCGCGGGCACACCCCCUGCAAAAGUGCAAAAGAGCGAUUCCCCCAAAGUGACCGUACGUUUCUUGAUACCAGCGCGUGCCGCCGGCCUUAUAAUUGGCAAGGGAGGAGAGAAUAUAAAGAAGAUCCGCUCUCAGGUGAUGAUCCAAUUCAGUUAGUAGCAUACUUGAUUGACACGCCUGAUGAAUCUCCUCUAACUUAGCCUUUAUUUCCAUUCCUUUUAUGCACCACGUUUCACGACGCCACGACUCCGAAAUUCCUUGAAUACCCAUGAAAAAUUCUGCCUUGAACCCCACGACAUCCUACUUGCUUAACGCAAUUUGCUUGGUUCUUGUCCAUGAUUCACUGUUGGGUGGCCUAACCGCCACGGACACUCCUCGCAUUUCGUCAAUCGUCUGUCUCCCGUCAUACUUUUCACUGUACCCAGUACUCAGUGAAGCUCAAUAUUCCCGACAACCGAGGCAUCGAACGGUAGGACUCGAUGAGGAUCUCUAUUUUCGAUUUUUGUGUACACUUUUGUCGUUCUGAAUGUAGUAUUUGCGGUGGCUGUAGCUCGUGGCUGCUUAAACUCUCAAAAUACGUUCUAAAAUUACCUAGACGCGCUCGGUCUGAAGCCUGAAUUUUACUCGAGACUGUCCUCACCGUCUCCUUUGCCGGUUAUGCAUAACCGGUCAGUUUUACCAGUGCCUUAUCCGACAUCUUAAACAUGAUCACCAGUCGAGACUUUCAAAGUUUCGCACGAAUUCGACAUAAAUACGGAUUGAAAUAACGCAGCCCACACACGAACUAGAUCAGAGCCACCGCAAUGCUUUCCGCUUCUCGUGCUUUUCAAUGUUGGUAUUUUUAUACAGAGUGUUCACGGUCGAAGGCGAGCUGUCGGCGAUCGCCAAUGUGGUGCGAGAAAUCGUCCCAAAAAUAAAGGUAAUUGCGGAAUUGGCGUCGAACCUCCCUAGGAUGUAAUGAACGCCAAGCUCUCCGACCCUAAGCGGAUCAUGGGCUAUCAGCGACCGCCCCGCCGGCGCCGGGGACCAAAUGGCGAAGAACUAGAAGAAGAGGAGGAAGACGAGGGAAUGAUCGAUCUCAGAAUGCUCGUUCACCAGAGCGUAGCAGGGUCUAUAAUUGGCAGAGGUGGUGAGCGCAUUCGCGAGCUUCGAUCGGUAUGUCUGCGAUUUAUAUGAGUUUCUUUUAGAAACACAAAAUGCGAGUCAUCAAAGUUUAUCAGAUGUUGGCCCCGUUAUCUACUGACCGGGUGGUUCAGUUAGUCGCAGAGCCCGAGAACGCCAUCAACUGCAUGGAAUCCGUUAUUGAAGUGGUUGAGGUAUGCACCUGGUUUCUAAGUAUACCAUUUUUAAGAACACGCCCAUCCGUGGUGCCAUCGAGAACUACGACUCCGCAAACUCUUCGGAGGUUGACGCACUCACCUACGGUGGAUGGCUCACACCAGAAGGACAUCAGGCACUGACCCAAGGCAUGCCCCUGGGAGGUGGAAUGCCGAUGCCUGGGCCUGAGAUGGGUGGUCCCCGUGGUAUGCCUCCCAUGGGACGUGAUGCCAUGUACCCCCGUGGCCCACGUGGCAUGCCACCACCGGUAGCUCCUCCAAAUAUGUACGGUAGCGGUAGGAUGGGUGGGCCUCCGCCAAUGGGGCCUGUUCCCCCUCGACGCAGUGGCUACGACCAGGCCUCAUACGCCCCUCCCGCUGGUUAUGAUGGCGUCUCACAGGCCAGCAUGCCUGGUCCUGGGAAUCAGAGUUAUGGAUACGACGAAUCUCAAGGGUACUACCAGCCCCCAGUAGGUCCGAACGGCACGGGUAUGGUUUUACAAAGCACCGGGGGUUAUGGUGGGCCUGUCUCACGUCCCCCUCCCCCUCCUCCGCAGAUACCUGCUGGUCCCGGGCCAAUGGGGUAGGCUCUUAAUUUUUUCUAAUAAUUUGGACUCUAGAAUGCCUUACAAAAGCGCGGCUCCUCCACCGAUGUACGGCGCGCCAGUGGCAAAUUAUCACGGCGCACCACCUGAGGACGGGAAGACAAGUCAGUGGGGCUGGUGAAUGUCAGUCGUCUUUUAACUGUAAUCUUGUAAUAAACUUCAAACACCAUAUCCCACUGUCUUUUUAGUUCACAAGAGAGCGUCAUUCGAAGUAGUUACUAUAGUGCCACACGGGUCGCGAAAUAUCUGAUUCGACACUCCUGUGUGCCAGUUGGCGGUUCGUGCAAGUGGGAAAUCUGGUCCGCGCCGCUGGACCGCGUCAUAUCCUUUGGUGCGAUGCGCGCGGGCGUCGAGAUUCGUCUAUUUAGAAUAAUAAAUGCGGCAGCCUGGGAGGGAGAGGUGGAUGUGUCAGCCCAGCCGCGGGAAUGUCCGCAGACGGCGAUCAGUAGGACGGAUUUCGGUGGAGGCCAGCCGCCAACGGUGCAGACGUGGCACCUGCAGGCGCGACCGGCCACUAAUCUGGUAAGUCUUGCCAAUGGCGACGCCAAAUGCCGAAGCGGUGCUACAACAGAGCGGAAGUUGCCCGCUGCACAGUGGGCCUCAUCCGCCGCCCGGCACGACGCUGGCGCCUUGGAUGCGCACGCCACGUGCAGAUGGAACGUCAAUCCUCUGAAUCCUAAGGGUCCACGAAACACUAAGUUGACUCACGAUCGCUGUCAAGCGGUCCAUGAUUAA